UCAGAAAUCGCGAAAAGUUCGAAAGGCAUAGUAGAACACUAUCGGGAGCAUCGUGUGCAAUGAACAAAUUAAUAUCGACGAACGAACGUCAACAACUGUUUCAAAUUUAGUUUAUAAAAUCGAGAGAUUAUACAGUUUCAAAUUGUUGUCUAUCGCGGAACGAAAUAUAAUAUAUUAAAACGAUAAAUUCCAUGCCGUGUGCACUCCUGAAGGAACUAUUCGAGGAUGCCUUACGGAAAGUUGCACGUUAUCCCGUUGAGCCUGUUCAUCCUGAUCCCAGUGACGUUUCUGAUCACAUACACUAUCUCAGUACAGUGGGACCACGUGGUGCCAGGAUUCCCAUACAUAUCGGAAACCGGCACGUUGUCGCCGGAGUCGUGUAUAUUUGCCCAGUUCCUUAAUAUAGCCGCGCUGCUCCUCGCCUGUUGCGUUUACAUCAGACAUCGGCAAGUAUCUCGAUGGCACUUCGAAAGGGGCAGCGAUCUCGUCGACAAAAAGAUCGUUGUCGCGACGGCAUGGUGCGGAGCUUUAGCGUGCUUUGGCCUCGACAUACUGGCUAAUUUUCAAGAAGCUCGUGUCAUCGCAGCUCACAUGAUCGGAGCAAUGACCUGCUUCACGACUGGAACCGUCUACUUCUGCCUUCAGACGUACUUGAGUCACAAAAUGGUGCCAGCGGUGAACGGUAAAAUCGUUGUUUACGUACGCGCGUGUCUUUCAGCUUCGACGUUAAUUUUAACAGUAGCCACAAUUGUGCCCGGCUAUAUUUCCAUGUUAGACUUCCAAGGCAACGAUUACAAGAAAUGGCUGCCAACAGACGGUGGCUGGGGCUGGCACGUUGCUAGCGCUAUUUCCGAGUGGGUUCUGGCGAUUGUCUACUGCGCUUUCCUCCUCACAUUUGUACCAGAAUUUCGUUCAAUUAAUUUCGAGGAUCCUGUGGUCACGCUAAUAUACUUGGACAAGGAUCCAGACAUCAAUAAGUCGUACAAACUGGAUUCACAGAUUCCAGAAUGAUAAAAAACUUAAAACCGGAAACCGAAACUAAAUUCUGAGGAUGACGUCCACUGAGAUUGAUUUAUGGGAAAGUUCGAGACCCUUCCUGUAAUUGAAUUUUAUCAGGCUCGAAUUACAUAAUUUUUGUAGUAUUUAUAGAACAAGAAUAAUAUUAUUUCUAGAAAAACACCGACACAUGACGGCUUACAAUAAAAUAGGAAAAAUGGAAAACCCACUGCUAUCAGUAGCAGAGUAAUUUACUGACUUAAUUCUUGCGCGAUUAUAAUGGAAAGUUUAUCCAAACG